CCCCGCGGCUCGGCCAUGCCCCCGGGGCCGACACCUGUUGGGCUCCCGCCCCGCCUGGCUCAUUGGCUCCGGGGCUCGGGGGCGGCCCCACACCGCCCCCACUCUGUCCCGCACCGCCCCCUCGGCCGCGGGCCCAUAUUAACGGGCGCGGCGGCACGGCCGCCCCGCAGCGGGCGGCGGCCCCGGGCUUGCAAGAUGCCGCGUUCUUUUCUGGUGAAGAAGCACUUCUCGGCCAGCAAGAAGCCUAACUACAGCGAGCUAGAGAGCCAGGCUGUGCUGACCGCCCCUCUGCUGUACGAGACCUGCCCGCUGCCCGUCAUCCCCCCGCCUGAGGUGCUCGGCCCCGGCGCUUACUACCCACCGCUGGUAUGGGAUGCGGGGCUGCUCUCCAGCCUUUUCCCGGGUGGCCCGGGUAGCGAGGCGGCGGGGGGCACAGCCCCUGCCCUGGACCUCACGGCACUCUCCAGCGAGGAUGAUGAAGGCAAGAGCUCCGGCCCCCCCAGCCCAGCCUCGGCCCCUGCUGCCGCCGAGCGCUUCCGCUGCGCCCAGUGUGCCAAGGCUUACUCCACCUUUGCCGGGCUCUCCAAGCACAAGCAAUUGCACUGCGACGCCCAGGCCAGGAAAUCCUUCAGCUGCAAGUACUGCGAGAAGGAGUACGUGAGCCUGGGGGCUCUCAAGAUGCACAUCCGGAGCCACACACUGCCCUGCGUCUGCAAGAUGUGUGGCAAGGCCUUCUCCCGGCCCUGGCUGCUGCAGGGCCACAUCCGGACGCACACCGGUGAAAAGCCCUUUUCCUGUACACACUGCAACCGGGCCUUUGCUGACCGCUCUAAUCUCCGAGCCCACCUGCAGACCCAUUCAGAUGUAAAGAAGUACCAAUGCAAAACCUGCUCCCGGACUUUCUCCCGUAUGUCCCUGCUCCACAAGCACGAGGAGACAGGCUGCUCUGGCUCUCGCUGAGGAUUCUGCUCCCCCAGACCUCUCGCCGUGCCAAUCCCAAUAUUGUAACUAGUUUCUGUAGGAGUUAGUUUUCUCCGUCACCAUCACGGUGCGCACUGGGCUACGCAGCUACUCCAGUCCUCAGGACUCUCACACUCCUGCUCGGUGCCUCCUGUGCAACACGAAGGAUUGAUCCUUCUCCAAUCCCAGCGUCUGAGGGUGCAGGACAAGACUUUAGUGCAAAGCAUGAGUGAAACUCAGGGGUGCGGCCCUGAGGCUGACCUGCUGCUGCAAUCCUCAGCAGGUGCCUCUGGGCACCUUACAGGGCUGGACCCGCACCCUGACCUCACCACCCAUGUCAAAUGUUGUGACCAUGUAGCUUGUGGGGGGUUGAGGUUUUUUUUGUUGUGUGGUUUUGUUUUGUUUUACCAUAACCACUUGGUAACUCUUACAAACUUUUUUUUUUUUAAAUGAAGGACAAAAUGUUAACCUCCCUCCUCCCCCCACCUCGAGUGUAUAUAGGCCGCCUGUAGAAGGUGUAACUAUGCAAUAAUACAGUAUCCCAGUAGUUGUGAAGCAGCUGCUUCUCCCCAGCACAAUGACAAUUUGCGAUGCCUGCGAGAUUAACAGUGUCCAUAAAAGGCAUGGGUAGCCAUUUCAAACACCAACCCUGUUUACAGAGCAGCUAUGCACUCAAGCACCUGUUAAUAUGACUCUUAACAACUGCUUUUCAAGAGAACUGUGACUAAUAGCAGGCACUUGUCAGCCAAUACAAUGGUGGCCUGUCCCAAGGCUGCCCAUCGACAGGUGUGUGCCAAAAGCCCUAUUUAUGGGUAUUGACAGGUGCCUCCUGAAUGCAUCUUUCUUUGGACAUUGUUUUCAUGGAAUCAUUACAAAGAGGAUGUUUACAUUUCAAAGGUACACUGGUAUUUAUAUUUUUGUGCCACAAUUUUGUACUGAUGAAACUUUUUAUAUAAUUAUAUACAGUUUAUUGAUAUUCAAUAAAAUGGCUAAUUUAUAA